GAGUUUAUUGAUUCUACUAUUCAUAAUUCUGCUUGUUGGGUUUCAGGUACGAAGAUGAUCUUGAAAAGCGUUACUAUCUCAACAACUGGGUCCAGGUGGCCUCAAGUAUUUUCAAUCUCACUGGUGCAUUGUUUGGUUGCUACGUCAGCAAUAGCUUUACCAUGUACGCACUGGCGAUCGCUGUUGUAGUUCAACUGUUUGAGCUAUGCCUGCUAGGAACUAUCCUCAGCAUUAAGAACGAGGAGAUCGAGCAUGCAUUCUAUGAUUCUUUGUGGUAUCUGAUGGAUCAUUCUGAGAAAAAGGACUUUUUAAUCAUGUUUCACAAAAGCCAACAUGCCAUGGAAAUGACCGUUGCCAGCAUGGCGCCGCUCAAUAUCGUUCUUUUUAUUGCUAUAAUGCAAAAGAUCUAUGCUUAUGCCAUGAUGUUGAUGAACUUCUUCGAGUGAUGUUUUGAAUAAUCAGUAAAAUAACCAUGUUUUACAGUUUUCUUAUCACACCAACUCAAAACAACUUAUAAAGAAAGGUUUAGCAUGUUACCAGUCUUUGUUGUAUUGCGGCACCAUGAAAAAAUAGCCACAGUGAGAUCGCAUUAUUUUUAUCGCAAACACAUCCUUAUAUUAAGUUUUGAGACACUCAUACAAUUUUACUAGUUCUAUGCUUUGAAAUAAAGAUAACAAAAUUGCAUUAUCUGCAUAUCUGCAUUGCAUAAAUUCAAAUUUCUUAACUUAUUAAAUAGCAUACACUAUUUUAAAAUCAGUUUUGCAAACAGCGUUUUCUUUUACAAUUGCAACGCCAUACAAAUGCUCCACCUGUAACUAUUGCAAGGAUUUGUGUGAUUUCAUAGCAAGGGAUACAUGGGUCACG